UGUUCUGAGUGCUUUCGUAUUAUAUUAACGGGGUGUCUCAUGCACAGACGCAACAACUAUACAUAAUACGCGAACAAUCAACAACAUAAUAACUGAGAGAUUUUACAAAAGCGAAUCGCAACAGUUUAAAGAGCGGAAAAAAUGGCAAUGUCUAAAGGCGUUAGUGUUGGUUCAAUGGUUUUUGGUUGUAUGUUGAUAGUCACAACUUUUAUCUCUGUCGUCAGUGGCAUUGUAGCAAUGAGCAAAAUAACAAGACCCUACGCAGCCAGUAUUGGUCUUUGGGGAUUUUAUUUCGCAAUUCCAGCUGCCCUCAGCAUCACCGCCGGAUACAAAAAGAUAACCACCUUGAUGGCAGUUUCACUUGGAACUCAUAUUCUGGGGAUUAUUAUUGGCAUCGUUGGCACGUGGCUUGCAGCGAUUUUCUGGGCGAUAUUAUCGUCACGUUGUGUAUUCGAAUCUCACCGCACCUACAGAUUUCAACAAAAAGAAUGUUAUUGUGAUCACUACACGGCUAGUUUUGCAACCAAAUGCUCGGACCUGACGACCGUACGUAACGCCACUGGAGCAGUGACCAUUAUGUUUGCCCUCUCCAGUAUCAUCUGCUUCGUCGGUUCGAUUUAUGGUUGUAUCGGAACAUGUUGCUCCCCACGGGAACCAGUUAUGGUCGUUACUGCAGGUGGUCUUCAACCACCUGGAACAGUCGUCAUGACAACUGGCACCCAAAUGACCACAUACCCCACAGCCCAAGCCUAUCCCGGCGUAGUUCAAGCACAACAAUACCCUGGUAUCCAAAACCAGCAAGCACCACCCCCCUAUAGCCAACCACCAGGGGUGAUUGAAACCAAACUUCCCGGUUCGAACUUUUGAAACAUUUCGAGUUCUUCCUAUUUUGUGCAUGUAUAGCCAGUUAUAAAAGUCUUACUUCAUGAUAGCUAUAUAUAGAUGUCUGACAGUCUUAACUAUAUGUAAUAGGUGAUUGUGAAUCAGCAUUGGUUUGGAAAUAUUGCAUUUAAUGUAUUAAAGGUUUAAAAACCUA